AUGGAAAGACCCAGCAGCGGGGAGGAGGGAGAGGGGGACUCUCCCAACGAGACGAGGAUCUCGCCGGAGACGGCGGCGGCAGAAGCGGACGACUCCGUCCCGUACAUAGGGCAGCGGUUCCUGACACACGAAGCGGCGUACGAGCUCUACAGCGGGUUUGCAAAGCAGUGCGGGUUCUCGAUCCGGCGGCACCGUACGGAGGGGAAGGACGGCGUGGGCAAGGGUCUGACCCGGCGGUACUUCGUGUGCCACCGCGCCGGCAACACGCCAGCGAAACCCUUCGACGACGGCGCCAAGCAGCAGAGGAACAGGAAGUCCUCCCGCUGCGGGUGCCAGGCGUACCUACGCAUUGGUAGGGAUGCUGGAGCCGGCGGUCUGGAGUGGCGAGUCACGGGGUUCUCUAACUACCACAACCAUGAGCUCCUCCGGCAGGAUGAAGUGCGCUUUCUGCCGGCGUACCGUGUCAUCUCGGAGUCGGACAGAGACAGGAUCUUGGUGUUUGCAAAAUCUGGGAUCACUGUGCAGCAGAUGAUGAGGAUAAUGGAGCUGGAGAAGUGCGUCCAGCCGGGGAGCCUCCCAUUUACUGAGAAGGAUGUGAGAAAUCUCAUACAGUCCUUCAGGAGGUUCGAGCAGGAGGAGGAGAGUGUCGACCUGCUUCAGAUGUGCAGAAAUGUUAAGGAGAAGGAUCCCAAUUUCAAGUACGACUUCACCAAAGACGCCAACAACUGCGUUGAGAACAUCGCCUGGUCGUACGCAUCAUCGAUCCAGUCUUACGAGGUAUUUGGUGAUGCUGUUGUGUUUGACACCACUCAUCGGCUAACUUCUAUUGACAUGACACUGGGUAUUUGGAUUGGAAUGAACAAUCAUGGGAUGCCUUGCUUCUUCAGUUGCGUGCUUCUGAGGGAGGGAAAUCUGCAAUCCUUCACAUGGGCAUUACAGGUAUUUCUCAACUUCAUGAACAGAAAAGCUCCACAGACAAUAUUGACUGAUCAAAAUAUGUAUCUCAAAGAAGCAGUUCAAAAGGAGCUACCAAACACAAAGCAUGCCCUCUCCAUCGGGCUUAUUGCAUCCAGGUUUCUAUCUUGGUUCAAUGCAGUUCUCGGGAGACACUAUAAUGACUGGGAAAAUGAGUUUUAUAGGCUGCACAACAUGGAAAGCACAAUGGACUUUGAUCUUGGAUGGAGUGACAUGGUGAGCUGCUAUGGAUUACAUGGAAAUAGGCACAUUGCUAGCUUAUUUGCAUCACGGAAGCUUUGGGCAUCGCCAUAUUUGAGAGGACAUUUUUUGGCAGGGCUGGCUGCUUUGCCGGGAAUUUCAAAAAUAAAGGAUUUUAUUCAGCGGUUGUUGAGCGCCCAAACAUGCCUAUCCUGUUUCAUUGAGCAGGUUGCGGUAGUUGUUGACUACAAAGAUCAAGCUGGGGAACAACAAAUAGUGCAACAAAACUCGGAAAAUACAAUUCUGAAGACGGCAGCUCCAGUGGAAGGACAUGCUGCAGCUGUUUUCACCCCAUAUGCAUUCUAUAAGCUACAGGAUGAGCUUGUAGAGGCAGCCCAUUAUGCAUACUUCCACUUGGAAGGGAAUGCUUUUCUUGUCCGGCACCAUACCAAGACAGAUGGCGGUUGCAAUGUCACAUGGAACCAAAAGGAGGAGCUACUUUCUUGCAGCUGCCAAAUGUUUGAGUCAUCAGGGAUCCUCUGCCGGCAUGCCCUCCGUGUGCUCACAACGCUAAACUACUCUCAGAUCCCGGACCAUUACCUUCCUGUCCGAUGGCAUAGAACCCAGCCACAACCUUCCAAGUCAUUGAUUGGCGCUCCUGAUCAUGGCAGAUCAUAUGAAAGGGUGAAAGCACUCCAGUCCAUGGUCUCAGUUCUGGUUAGCGAAGCAGGCAAAUCGGAGGAACGGAUGGAUCUCGCGACACAGGAGGUCUCUGUCCUGCUGUCCCGGAUAAGGCAGCAACCUGUUGUGGCGAAUGUUUCAGGUGAUGGUGUUCGUCAGCAGCGGUGA